CCAGACAGUCCAAUCCAGGCAGUACUUUCCUGAUAUACGUUGGAUAACGUAGCUUCAACUGAGGACACUGUGAAAAGGCUGUCCAUAGUCGUCGCCUGCCCCAGUCCUCUGAAUGCUGCCCAGUGUUCUCCGCUGUGCCCGUCCCAUCUCCACCAACCUCGCCUUCACCAGGCCCUUAGCCCACUUCAGACCCCACAUGGCUCCUGAUCCCAACCGGCCAGUGGAGGGGGCCAUACGGACCAAGCUCACCCAGCAGCUGGAGCCAGAACACCUGGAAGUGCAGAACGAGAGCCACAUGCAUGCUGUGCCCCCUGGGUCCGAGUCCCACUUCCGAGUCCUAGUGGUCAGCCCACGCUUCGACGGCCUCUCCCUGCUACAGCGCCACCGCCUUGUCAACGAGACCCUAGCCGAGGAGCUGAAGACCUGUGUCCACGCGCUGGCCAUCCAGGCCAAGACGCCCCAGCAGUGGGGCAGCAACCCCAGUAUAGCCAAGAGCCCACCCUGCAUGGGAGGAUCCAAGGGGGACCACACGGUGGAGGAGAAACUCAAGGCAGGAUGGGACUGACCAGCCAAACUCAGCAGUCAUCAGAAUGCAGUUGAAGAGGAUGUCAAUAAACAUUGAUGUAAACUAGUGUGAUAUCAUUUCAGUACUGCUUGAGAGGUUGUUUCUAAAUGAGCAGCAUCACUUUGGUCUCUUGGCAGUUGAAUUCAAGAAGAGUUGGGUUUUAUAUUAGACUCUUGCGUUUAGUGGCCAUCACUAGAAUGCAUCAAGAUCUUGUAGUUCAGUAGUAUAUGGUACAUUGAACUAUAUGAUAUGACAAGUGAUGGAGUGUGUCUGUUUUGUCUGAAAAUAAAAUAUAUUGUAUGUGAGGGCAAAGUACAUGAAGUCAGGACAGUUUGGUGGUUUGCAUUAUUUCCCCCAAAAGGCUUGUGUGUCUGUUAAUAAAAAUACACAUUUGAUGAAA